AUGGCUGACCUGCAGAUCGUAUCAGAUCUACAUCUAGAGAAACCUGCUGCCUAUGAUAUAUUCCACAUUCCACCAAAAGCCCCUUACUUGGCGCUUCUCGGGGAUAUAGGCGUCGUCACCGAUGCAGGCUUUUUCCUUUUUAUUGAGCGUCAGCUUCGGAACUUCGAAGUCGUUUUUCUACUCUUGGGGAACCAUGAACCAUAUUAUCUGACUUGGAAGCAAACAAAGGAGAAGAUUCUGGAAUUUUCUGUCUCGAUCGAUCAGCGACGUUCUCAGGAUGAUCAUCUCGGUGCCUUUGUCUUCUUAGAUCAAACCCGCUUUGAUCUUGAUGCCAAUGUGACAAUCCUAGGUUGUACGUUGUUCUCGAAGGUCUCCGAGAAACACCGUGAGAGCGUUGGUCUCGGAUUAAACGACUUUUACUACAUCGAUGACUGGACUGUCGAUAAGCACACUGCGGCUCAUCACGCCGACCUCAAGUGGCUGAACGAUCAGGUUGCACUUAUCGCAAGCCGAGAACCUGAUCGUACAAUUAUCAUUUUCACUCACCACAGUCCUGUUAGUGCUGAUCCACGGGCUUCUGACCCCAGACAUAUCCACAGUCCAUUGUCAUCCGGAUUUGCGACGGAUCUGUCUAUGGAGGAGUGUUGGAAGAACCCUCGUGUAUGCUUAUGGGCAUACGGGCAUACACAUUACAAUGUCGAUUUUACAGACAAUAUAAACCAGAAGUCAGUCGUGAGUAACCAGCGAGGAUAUUAUUCUACUCAAGCCCAGAGCUUUGAUGUGGAAAAGGUCGUUCAUGUAAUUAGGCCCUCUUGA